UUCGCGUUCGUCGCUCGUCGAGUUCACACGUGCUGCUCGCUUGGCCGCUUGCUUGCCACAUCGCUUCGCAUUGCAUCGCAUCGCAUCGCAUCGCAUCUCACCGUAUCCCAGGCUUUGAGAAUACGAAUACGAAUCCGAGUCCAAGUCUGAGUCCGAAUCCGCUCGGAUCGUGAUCGAGCCUCGUUUUUCAGUUCUGCGACGCCCAAGUGCCGCCUGCCGCCUGCCUCCUCCUCCUCCUCCUCCUCCCCCCAGUGUCUAGUGUCAGUGUAUUUUUUUGUUGUUGUUGUUUUACAAUUACCGUUACCUGCGCCAAAGCGCAGAAUAAAAAAAAUACAGCAAACGCGAGAGAGAGAAAGAACGAAAGAAAGAGAGCGAGCGAGCGAGUCCAGUUCAGUGAAGUGAGUGUUUUUUACCCUGUUCCAGAAAUACGGAAAUAUAAGGAAUCUAAAACAGCAGAAAUACUAACGAGAGCACUCAAAAUUGUGUGUGUUUGACCAUCGGAAAGAUCAAGCUCUAUCGAUCCGAUCGCCACGCCCAGCACCAGCAUGUGGAGCCCACAAAAAGGUCCUACACGGCUGUGGGACCUUAGACUUAGUAGCUGUAUAUUUAUUUUACACUUAAUGUUUAGUUUAGUCAUAGCUGGUAAUGAACUGUGGCCUAUGGACCGGCCCGACGGAAUGCCCAACAUUGUCUCCCUGGAGGUGAUGUGCGGCAAGGAUCACAUGGAUGUUCAUCUAACAUUCUCGCAUCCGUUUGAGGGAAUUGUUAGCUCCAAAGGACAACAUAGCGAUCCGCGUUGCGUGUAUGUGCCGCCCUCAACGGGCAAGACAUUCUUCUCGUUCCGCAUCUCGUAUUCACGAUGCGGCACCAAACCGGAUCUCAACGGACAGUUCUACGAGAACACGGUAGUCGUGCAAUACGACAAGGAUCUGCUGGAGGUCUGGGACGAGGCGAAGCGGCUGCGUUGCGAGUGGUUCAACGACUACGAGAAGACCGCCUCCAAGCCCCCGAUGGUGAUUGCUGAUCUGGAUGUGAUCCAGCUCGAUUUCCGCGGUGAUAAUGUCGACUGCUGGAUGGAGAUUCAGCAUGGCAAGGGACCCUGGGCGCCGCCAGUGAGCGGCAUUGUGCCCCUGGGAUCGACGCUGACCCUCGUCGUGGCCAUCAACGACUACCGCGGCGAGUUCGAUAUGCGCGUUAAGUCUUGCUUGGCCUCGGACGGCUCUGGCCAUGUGAUCAACCUUUCGGAUGAGUUCGGCUGCGUGCUGCGGCCAAAGAUGAUCUCACGCUUCCUGAAGGCCCGCGCCCCCGACGAGAGGGCCACCGUCAUCACGUACGCGUUCUUUCACGCCUUUAAGUUCCCGGACGCGCUGAGCGUGCACAUCAAGUGCAAGGUGGAGAUCUGUCGCCACGGCUGCCUCGACCACUGCCAGAACUCGGGCGUGGCGGGAGCUGGCGGUGAGGGCGGUCUCGGUCUCGGCCUCGGUCUGGGCCACGGAGUGACUAACGCCAACGAGCGCAAGGAUGUUCACAUGGGGGAUGCGAUGGGCAGCAGCAGCACCAACGAUUUGCUCCGGGAUCUGUCCCUGCCUCCGCCCCAGCACGGCAUGGGCAUGGGAAUGGGAAUGGGCAUGGGCAUGGGCCUGGGUAUGGGUCCGGGUGUGGACCAUGACAUCUUCUAUGAGGACAUAAUACACGACCAAAAGCAGACGAUUGGCGGACAAGGAGUGGGCGGAGUGGGAAUGGGAGCUGGAGGGGAUUAUGGAGGCGCUCACGAGAAGAGUGCGAAUCUGCAGCCGCGACCCGUGCACGAGGAUCAGGAGGAAGCCGACCUGUCCGACCUGUUCGGCGACGACGAUCUCGCUGAUCUGGCCGACAUGGAUGGGGGUGAUGGUGAGCGGUAUCUGGGCCUUAAGAAGAGCGGCAAGUUCCCCCACGGACCACGGCAGCUAGAGGCACAGAAGCGCAUGGGCGUGCCCAUGGCCGGGCCCCGUUCUCUGGAGCCCAGAAGCGAUGAUGAGGAUGUGCCACGUCCCGUCUACCGGCCCCAGGCGGAGCCCCUGAAACAAUCGCGAGAGGACCAUAUCGACUUGGAUGUGGAGGAGCCCGAUGAGAAGGCCGCAGCCCCUAGCGCUGAUGCCGACUCAUCCUCAUCCACAUCCACAUCCUCCACCACAGAGGCGCCGGAGAAUCCCCGCCGUCGUCGUCGCCGCUCCCUGGUCAUCUCAGAUCGCAAAGUGCGCAGUGCCGACGUGGGAGUCAGUGGCCUCUACGAUGUCAUCUCCGAGGCAGACCUGGCCUUCUCGCCGGACUCGAAGCAGGAGGCAGUGACCGUGUUCCAGGGCAAGAUCAGCGAGGAGGUCGUCUAUGGCAUCUGCAUGCCCGUGCCUGGGUUCAGCAUUCUGUUCAUCGUGGUCAUCUCGGCCACCAUUGUCUCGGCCCUGGUCGCCGGCUCGCUGCUCUACCGCUACCAGCUGCAGAAGGAGGCGCUGGACAAGCAGACGCCCAUGCCGGUGCCCGGCACCCUGGCCUCCUGGAUGACAUUGCGCCUCUUCCGCCUGCGCCACAUGCAGCAACAGCAGCAACAGCAGCAGGAGCAAGUGCGGCAGCAGAGCCCCGUCGUGGGGCAUGAAACGGUUCAGUGAUCGGUGCGGAUAGUAUCGUCAUCGUCAUCGGAUCGUAUCGGAUCGGAUCGGAUCGGAUUGUGGCCUCCGUCUUCGUCUUUGCCUUCUAUUAUUAUUUAUUUAUUUCGUAUGACUUUUUAUACGAUCCUUUUUUUUGCUCGGAGAUCAGAAAUCGGAAAAGAUAAAGAGACAAAGACAGAGAGAGAAAUAGAGAGAGAGAGAGAGAGAGAGAGAGAGAGAGAGAGAGAGAGAGAGAGAGAGAGAGAGAGAGAGAAAGAGAGGUUCCAAGAUGAAGAUGGAGAUGGCACCGUAAUGUUAGCUUCUCGUCCGUAUCCGGGCAACAAUGCAAUACUCGAACCGCUCCAAAUGGUUCCGUUUCACAUUCGUAUUGGUGCUGAACGAUCGAACGAUCGAUCCAUUCAUAACGUUUUUUUGUUUGGGUGCAUUUAGUCGUUAAAUUGCUUAAACACACACACACACACAUACACAAAGACUCAAAAUCACACACAUCCACAUACACAUAUAUAGAGAAAGAGACACAAACAGAAUUGGUGGGUGGUAUCGCAAUACCCAGCGAUACCGUACCCAAAAGAGGUGCUCAAUGAUGAUAGAUGUUCAUGGAGUUCACAUCAUCUAGGUUUAAGGGAAACUUAUUUAUUUAUUGAUACAUAUAAACACCUAACUUAUAUAUAUUUACGGCAUAUGUUUGAGAAAAUCGUACGAUAUAGAUCUAGCUUUAAGCCACAUCAAACAAAAUGGAAAUUUUAAAUUGAAUUUUGAAAAAUUUGUUUUGUUUUUUUGUUUUUUUUUUGUAUGUGUUUUGGCCUUGAAACUGAGUUUUAUUUAGGGGAAAUUUAGUUAAAUUAUAUAUUGCCUACGCAACCAUCUAGUAAAAUGCUUAUUAUCAUAAUUUUCCAUCGAAAAUAUUCACAUUUGAAUUUUGAGGGAUUAUACAAACAAUUAUUGAACACACUCUCUACCACUCUAUAUUUUCCGCUUAUGGAAUGCAGUUGUCUAUGUGCAGAUACAAAUUAAGUGCAACUUUUGUAGUUGAAAAAUUGACAAUUGAAUAAAAUUAGCUAAGUUGAAAUUAAAGAAUCCGAAUUUACUUUAA